AUGGGUCAGGCGUGUGAAAAACAAACUGAUGUACGAGCAUCAGCUCUGGAACUCAUUGGUAACACUCCAUUAGUUGCUUUGGAUCGUCUCCAUACAGGUCCUGGACGUCUAUUAGCCAAGUGUGAAUUCAUGAAUCCAGGUGGAUCUAUUAAAGACAGAGCGUCGUACCAUAUGAUACAAAAGGCACGAUUACGAGGAGAACUUAAGCCUGGAGACCUUGUCGUAGAAGCAACAUCUGGUAAUCAAGGAUGCGGCCUCGCAGUGGCCUGUUCAGUUUUGGGGCACCCCUUGACUCUUACCAUGUCUAAAGGCAAUACCGUACAACGUGCAAUCCAUAUGGAAGCCCUUGGAGCUAAAUGCAUUAGAGUUCCACAAGUCGAGGGCACAUAUGGCAAUGUUACUAAUGCAGAUCUUAUGGCAGCUAAAGAUGAAGCUAUAGCUUUGCAACAGAAAACUGGAGCCUUUUUUGUAAAGCAAUUCCUUAAUGAAGACAACGUUGAAGCACACUACACUAGCACUGGCCCGGAAAUUUGGCACCAAACAGCGGGUAGAGUGAAUGCUUUUGUUACUGCUGUUGGCACGUCGGGUACUUUUAUGGGUGUUUCGAAAUUCUUGAAGAAACAAAACCCAAAGAUACAAUGCUACGUUGUAGAACCCGACGGUUGUGAACCAAUAAAAGGUAAGCCGAUAACCAAAGCAUCCAAUACACUUCAAGGAUCGAGUUAUGGUGUUGUACCAGAUCUGUUUAAAUAUGAUAUCAUGAAUGAUACUAUUACAGUCACAGAUGAAGAGGCUGAGGAAUACAUGCAUUUAAUUGGAAAGAAAGAAGGUUUAUACGUAGGAUAUACCAGUGGCGCGAAUGUAUGUGCAGCUGUCAAAUUGCUCAAAUCAGGAAAAUUACCUAAAAACGCAUGGGUCGUAACUAUUCUCUUUGACACAGGUCUUAAGUAUACUCCCGUACCUGAAUCAUUGAUGUAA